UUGAAAUCACAAAAUUAGAAUAAAAAUCUAUUUACUGUUCCAAGUGUUCUGUCUCCUGCCUCCUACCGACCUUGCCGCGGCCAUGGAUCGUCUAAUACCUGUUAUCAACAAGCUACAGGACGUGUUCAACACUGUAGGUCGUGAGGCUAUUCAACUGCCUCAAAUUGCUGUAGUGGGCACACAAAGUACUGGGAAAAGUUCCGUUCUUGAAAACAUUGUCGGAAAAGAUUUCCUACCGAGGGGUUCUGGUAUUGUGACGAGGCGACCCCUCGUACUCCAAUUAGUGCACAUCAGCUUCGAUCAAGCCGGCUCUAAGUGGGGGUGGGGCAAGUUCCUUCACACCGCCGAAAAACAAUUUGCCGAUUUCAGUGAGAUUCGAGACGAAAUUGCCAGCGAAACGGAACGUCUGGCGGGCUCUAAUAAGGGGAUAAUUCCUGAACCCAUACGACUGCGUAUCUUCUCCCCUCAUGUGUUACACUUGACGCUGAUUGACUUGCCCGGUAUCACUCGUGUUCCCGUGGGAGACCAACCCGAGGAUAUUGAGGCUCAGAUACGGAGUAUGCUGCUCGAGUAUGUGGGCAACCCUAAGUGUAUCAUCCUGGCCGUGCAUGCUGCUAACACUGACCUGGCCACCAGCGAGGCACUCAAACUAGCUCGUGAAGUGGAUCCCCAUGGCAACCGUACCCUCGCUGUAUGCACCAAGCUAGAUCUGAUGGACCAAGGCACAGAUGCCGUUGACCUACUCACGGGGAAAAUCAUUCCCGUCAAAUUGGGAAUUAUUGGAAUCGUAAAUCGAAGCCAACAAGAUAUCAGUGAAGCAAAAUCAAUUGAAGACGCUCUACGCGACGAACAGGUUUUCCUCCGCAAGAAAUAUCCCGCUCUGGCUUCAAGAAAUGGAUCUCCUUAUUUGGCAAAGACGCUCAACAAAUUGCUGAUGCAGCACAUUCGAGAUACGCUGCCGAUACUGCGUCACGAUAUAACGUCGAAAUUGAACGUCUACGAGAAUCACAUGACGGCACUCGGAGAGCCAAUCGAAAACAAGGGACCAGCGUUGCUGCAAACACUCACAAAAUUCUCGACUUCCUACUGCCAGAAAAUCGAAGGAAACUCUCGAGAUAUUGAAACGCACCAAUUAUCAGGAGGAGCGAGGAUUUGCUAUAUAUUCCAUCAAACACUGUCCAGAGCUUUGCACAUCAUCGAUCCUUUGGAGGGUCUCAAACGCACAGACAUCCUCCACGCUAUCAGCAAUGCUAUGGGCCCUAGGCCGGCUCUGUUCGUGUCAGAAAUGGCGUUUGAAUUGCUUGUUAAACGUCAGAUUCGUCUGCUGCUGCAACCUAGCCUGCAAUGUGUGGAGCUUGUGUACGAAGAAUUGCAGAGAAUUAUUCAGUACUGCCUGUCACAUUUGAGGGAUUUCCAGCGAUUUCCGAUACUGAGAGAACGAAUGAACGCCGUGGUUAUGGGUUUGAUACGCGAAAGAUUGCCAGUUACCAAUCAAAUGGUGGAGAGUCUUAUUUCAAUCGAGCUUGCCUACAUCAAUACUAACCACCCUGACUUUGUGGGUGGUACCAGAGCUGCCUACGAGGCUUACAUGAAGGCACAGACUGGACAACACCUACAAAAACAAGAGCAGAUUGUUCACGAACGAAUUCCCCCCAAAACGGCCAUUCCUAAAGCACAGGCUAUACCUCCUAGCCAGACAGAGAAACAGAGUGGUGGUCCUAAUCAAGCCUUGCAGAAUGGUUGGCUGUCUUCGUGGUACGGUGGCAAGCAAGGCGGUGAAGGAAAGCCUGGGGAUGGUCUAAAGGAAGUAUCCUCGACAGAUAUUGAACCACGGAGCUACGCUGCCAUUGGUCGCCCAGAUCCAAACGCUUCAGUGGACACGGUCAAUCGCCAACACUUUGAUUGUGAACUUAUCGAAAAGCUUAUUACGUCGUAUUUUCUCAUUGUCCGAAAGAGUAUUCAAGACAGCAUCCCGAAAGCUGUCAUGCAUUGCCUCGUGAACUUUGUGAAAGACGAGGUCCAGAGUCGACUAGUGAGUGAGUUGUAUCGUACGGAUGCUUAUGACGAACUAAUGGAGGAGAGUGUAGAGAUGGUUGUGCGGAGGAAGGAGGUGGCAGACAUGGUCAAGGCUCUUCAGAAAGCUGCGGACAUUUUGAACGAGAUUAGAGACGUACAAUUUGAGUCAAAGUAUGUAGGCUAUGAUUAUGAGGAAUUUUGAUUAUUGACUUGUCUCCUUAGUUGCUGUAGUGGUGUAUGGUUAUUGAUUGUGUAUGUCUAUAAAAAUUGUUGCAAAAUCAA